GUUUUUGUACAUUGUAGUUGAUUUUUAACUUCAUUAUAUGCGUUUGCUUAUAACAAUGUUAUUUGUGAUUUUUUACAUGAGACUUUUGGCGAUUUCAAAGGCUUAUGUUAACGUUGCCCUCAAUAAACCAGCAUACCAACAGUACCAAUCAGGUGGCGACAGAUAUGACGCCAGUAACGCUGUAGACGGACGUAAAUCUGACCUGGGCUUUGGCGGUGGUCAAUGUGCUGUAUUACGUUCGAGACAAACCGCCACCUGGUGGGUGAACCUGACUAGGAUCCACAGUAUCCAUCAAAUCACUUUCUACUUCAGGACGAACAAUGACGGUAUAGUAACUGUUAUUAUAUUUCGGAAGUACAUAGCAGACAUUUUACUUGGAUUCUCUGUGUAUGUCUCCAAUACCACGGAAAGAUCACAGGGAACGUUGUGUUUCAAGGACGACAACUUUACAAGAAACACAAUACCUUCUGUCUUCACAACAAACUGCUUUGUUCAUGGCCAAUAUGUCAUCUACUACAACGAGAGACAAAAUACAUACAAAAGAGUUUUUUAUGGUUAUGUUUGGAUUGUCCUUUGUGAAGUAGAGGUGUUUGGAUGUCCAGUAACAGGGUUUUACGGAUCUAACUGCUCCAUUCCCUGUCCUGAUGUCAACUGUCAGUACUGUCACAUAGAGACGGGCUAUAGCCAGUGUUGUAAACCUGGGUACCAAGGUCAUCACUGUGAAGUUGCAUGUCCACGUGGUUAUUUUGGAAAUAAAUGUACAGAAAAAUGCAAUGACACAUGUUCCGGAUGUAACAAUGUGAAUGGCGUUUGUGACUCUGGAUGCAUCCCUGGCUGGAGAGGUUAUCACUGCAACGAAGAAUGUGACAGAGGAUGGUAUGGUAUUGGAUGUAAUGAAACAUGUGGACACUGUCGUAAUGAAAGCCAAUGCUCCAAUGUCAAUGGAACUUGCUUAAUCGGAUGUGAUGCUGGUUUUCAAGGGGAUCAAUGUAAAACAUGUGAGUAUACAUGCAUAUGCUACGGUACCAGCACAACAGCACAUCGGAAAUUAUUGCACUGACGAAAACUUAUCAUUUUGAAUUUAUU